AUGGAGGUGAACAGGCAACCAUACCUGGUCAAUCGGACGGGAGUUACUUUGAGGUAUACUGACUGCCACUUUGAUAAUGCGAGAGAAGCGCACGAGAAUGCCAUCGCAGAAUACUUCGACAAACCCUUAGACAUUCCAGACGAGCGCAUGACCACGCAUCCCGUAUGGUCUACGUCGGCGCGUUACAAGAGAGAUAUCAACGACGCAAAAGUGAGGCAGUUUGCCAGCGAGAUAGUCGAACACGGCUUCAGCAACAGCCAGAUUGAGAUUGACGGCAAGUGGGAGACUUGUUACGGAAGCCUCACGUUCGACCCCAACAAGUUCCCUGAUAUCAGAGCGCUCGUAGAAGACCUGCACUCGAUGGGGUUCCGUGUCACGCUGUGGGUUCACCCGUUCAUCAACUCUGACUGCGAACCGCAUUGCUCGAGUGCGCUGGAGAGGGGCUGGUUCGUCACCAACACCGAGGGCAGCACCAUCACCAGCUGGUGGAACGGCCGAGGCGGCAUCGUCGACUUCACCAACGCUACGACUGCAAGCGAAUGGUCGAGCCAGCUGUGGACUGUGGGGCUGAGCCGGCAGCUGACGGCGUUGCACGCCACCCGCGCCCCGCGCAUCAUAGACCUGAUGAAGGAGGCUGUGAAGGACGGCAGUCCAGUCAACCCCACAGUCUGGUGGGUCGCCCCCACCGACGAAACGGCCCUCGGCAUAAACUCAGAGUUCCUGCUGGGAGAGGACCUGUUGGUGGCGCCGGUGCUGGAGGAGGGCGCCGUCAGCCGCGACAUCUACCUGCCCAAGGGCAUCUGGAGGGACGAGGCGGACCCAAAACACCCAAUCAUAGACGGCCCUAUCUGGCUCACCAACUACUCGGCCCCACUCAGCGUCCUGCCUUACUUCACCCGACCCUCCGAUUACCCUGAUCUCCCUGCCAAUGGAGGAUCCUCACAGCUUCGACUGUUCAUUUCUGCAACAGCUUGCAAUUGGAUCACAAGUACUGUAGUUUUCUACAUUUGUUUGCCUACGUACCACCAACUAUUUACAUAA